UCCGCACUACUUUAUAAAAUCUUGUCGACUCCGACAGGAAAAAUCUCCUUUCUUCUUCUUCUUUAUCCCAAAUCCGAUUGCUCUCUCUCUCUCACUCUCUCUAUCUCGUUAGCUCUUUCUGUGUCAAUCUCUCUCCCUCUCUCCUCCCUCCACAUCCAGACGCCUGGCUUUUGUCAGUUUUUUCUGUAAUGGAAAAUGGCAUUGGCAUUGCAGAGGAUGCCAAGCUAGAGGAGAGGAACGGUGAAAACCACGAUGGUCUGGAGCACAGUGUGAAGGAAAUUGUUCGUUCGAGUUUGGAUGGAUCAAACUGCUCUCUUGAUGAAGGAGUAAUCGAAGAGGAUGUUGCUGCCAAAACCCGGAUCAGUGGUGCAGGAGAUGAGUUAAAUACUGAUGUGGAAAAUUCUGAAUUAAUAGGGACUUUGGAAGGAAAUCCAGAUAAAUUUACAGUUAUGAGUGGUGUCAAUGUCAAUCCUGAGAUUUUAACGAGUGAGGAAAAUCAUGAUGAUGGGGAAACUGUUAUAGAGGAAGUUGUGACAGGUGAAAAGAAUGGAUCGAUUUUUUCUAAGAAUAAUGGUAAUGGCCAUGAUGUCGAGGAUGGUGAGUAUAAAGAAAUUGUUGAGUCCGCUGUCGUUACUGGUGAAACUGAGAAGUUGGAGAAGUCCAAUCAAGAGCUUGAUGAUGGUCAGUCAGAUAAUAAAAAAAGCUUUCUUGAAGCUUUGAUUUCUGGAGAUACGAAAUAUGCUGAUGCGGACAAUACAGAAAAAUUGAUUCCCGAGGACCCAGGAACUUCAGAAUCCACUGAGGUAAUCAGAGCUGAGAAUUCUGAAGUUGAGAAUUCUCCUGCCACGAUAACGGAAAUUCCAGAUGACGGUAAAUUAGGAGAUGGUGCCUCUUUCUGCAAUCAUGAAAAUGGUACCUCAGGCCAUGAGGAUUUGGUAGACAGUUUGGAUCAUGAAAGGGUAAAGAGUGAACCUGUUGAUGUACCAGAAGAUCAUAUUCGUGAGAUAUCAGUGGAUAAUAAAGAUCAAAAUGGGGUAAUAGAAAGUGAAGCUGGCAUUAGGCCAGAGUCUGAGUCCAUUGAAACUGAUGCUCAAGACAAUGAACAGAAGGCUGUUCCGGGUAAUAUGCAUGCUCAAGAGUAUCAGGUUGGGGACGAGGCAGAGGAAAAGUUAUGUAUUUCUUCUGCCAAUCGCAAAGACGUUGAGACCAUUGAACCGAAGAUGGUAGAUGUUGAAUCUAUGCAAGGUGAUAAUAUUGAAGCUGGCAUUAGGCCAGACUCUGAGUCCAUUGAAACUGAUGCUCGUGACAAUGAACAGAAAGCUGUUCCGGGUAAUAUGCAUGCUCAAGAGUAUCAGGUUGGGGACGAAGCGGAGGAAAAGUUAUGUAUUUCUUCUGCCAAUCCCAAAGACGUUGAGACCAUUGAACCGAAGAUGGUAGAUGUUGAAUCUACGCAAGGUGAUAAUAUUGAAACUCAGCAUGUGGGUCAGAAAGAAAUAAAUCAUACUUCGGUUUCGGGUACUUCAGAUUCUGAUCAUGCUAAAGAAAGUGCUGGAAUUGAAACUAACUUGCAUGCUGUCGAUGAUUCCAACCUCGUCAAGGAGAUAGCAGAAGUUAACCCUCAAUCCAGCUCACCAGAGUUAUCAGCAAAAGGUUCUAGUCAUUCUCAGCCAAAUCUUACCAAUGAUAGUGCUGAAGUGUCUGGUAAAAUUAACGAAAGACCUGAACAGGUUGGAAAGGAAGAUGAAAAACCUGAAGUAUCUUUGUUGGGGAAUAAAGAUGAACAGCAGGAAGCAUCUUUGUCUGGAAAUAAACAACAGGAAGUCAGACCAAGUAUCGAUAUCUUAUCAUCUGCUGGAAAUUCUUCCACAGCCGACUUUUCACCUGCUCGUCCAGCCAACUUUGAGGAUGCUUCUAAGGUACAGGAACCUGUAACUCGGGAUGAUACAGCAAUUGCAGCUCAGGAGCCUAAACCUGCAGCAGACAAGUCCUUCUCUGCCAAAUCUGUAGCUAACCAUUCGUCUGGAGUUGGGCAUAAUAGUCCGCUGUCAGAACCUACUCCUCAAAAUAUGAAACAUGGGUCCGCAACUGAUACUUCAUCUACAAACAGUAACUCUGCAACUCCCACUCGUCCUGCUGGUCUUGGCCGUGCUGCACCACUAUUAGAACCCAGCUCUCGGGUAGUGCAGCAGCCCCGGGCAAAUGGAGCUGCUUCUGCUACGCAGAACCAACUUGUUGAGGAUCCCACGAAUGGGGAAACUGAAGAGUAUGAUGAGACUCGUGAAAAGCUCCAGAUGAUUCGUGUCAAAUUUCUACGUCUUGCACGUAGACUUGGUCAGACUCCACAUAAUGUUGUUGUGGCUCAGGUCUUAUAUAGAUUGGGCUUGGCCGAACAGCUCCAUGGGAGAAGUGGGGGACGUGGUGCUACGUUUAGCUUUGAUCGUGCGAGUGCAAUGGCCGAGCAGCUUGAAGCAGGUGGACAAGAGCCCCUGGAUUUUACAUGUACAAUCAUGGUUCUUGGGAAAUCAGGAGUUGGCAAAAGCGCAACUCUUAAUUCCAUAUUUGAUGAGGUAUUUUUUGGUACCGAUGCUUUUGAGUUGGGCACGAAGAAGGUUCAAGAUAUUGUUGGGACUGUGCAAGGAAUCAGGGUGCGUGUGAUCGAUACACCUGGACUUCUGCCUUCUUGGUCAGACCAACGUGAAAAUGAAAGAAUCCUUCGUUCGGUUAAAAAUUUUAUCAAGAAAACACCCCCUGAUAUUGUUUUGUAUCUGGAUAGGUUGGAUAUGCAAAGCAGAGAUUUUGGUGAUAUGCCAUUGCUGCGGACAAUCACUGAAACAUUUGGACCGUCUAUCUGGUUCAAUGCCAUUGUUGUACUGACUCACGCUGCAUCUGCUCCGCCUGAAGGGCCCAAUGGCACUGCAACGAGUUAUGAUAUGUUUGUGACGCAGAGGUCGCAUGUUGUUCAGCAAGCUGUACGUCAAGCUGCUGGAGAUAUGCGGCUAAUGAAUCCCGUUUCUUUGGUGGAAAACCACUCAGCUUGCAGGACUAACCGAGCCGGGCAGAGGGUGUUGCCUAAUGGUCAGGUCUGGAAGCCACACUUGUUGCUUCUGUCAUUCGCUUCAAAAAUUCUUGCUGAAGCAAAUACUCUCCUGAAGUUACAAGAUACGCCUCCUGGGAGGCCUUUCGCCCAGCGAACAAGAUCGCCUCCAUUACCGUUUCUUCUUUCAUCUAUUCUCCAAUCAAGACCUGAAGUUAAACUUCCAUCCGAGCAAUUUGGUGAUGGAGAUGAUGACGAUAUAGAUGAUGGUUUAGAUGAAUGCUCAGACGAAGAAGAAAAUUCGGAAUACGAUGAAUUGCCUCCAUUCAAACCGUUGUCUAAAGCUCAGCUGGACAAGCUUAGUAAGGUGCAAAGAAAGGCAUACUAUGAUGAAUUGGAAUAUCGAGAGAAACUUUUCAUGAAGCAGCAGCUCAAGGAAGAGAGGAAGCGGCGGAAGAUGAUGAAGAAAUUGCAGGAAGAAGCUAAGAAUAUGCCUUCUGAUUAUGGCGACAAUGGCGAAGAAGAGACCUCUGCUGCUGCAUCUGUACCCGUUCCUAUGCCUGACUUGGCCUUACCCGCUUCAUUUGAUUCUGAUAAUCCGACUCAUAGGUAUCGUUCUCUUGAUUCCUCGAACCCCUGGCUUGUGAGGGCUGUCCUAGAACCCAAUGGUUGGGAUCACGACAUCGGAUACGAUGGCAUAAAUGUCGAGAGAUUAUUCGUGGUCAAGGAGAAGGUCCCAAUAUCUUUCUCUGGUCACAUUUCAAAGGAUAAAAAGGACGCGAACCUUCAAAUGGAAUUUGCAUGCUCAGUGAAGCAUGGAAAAGGAAAAGCAACAUCUCUAGGGUUCGAUAUGCAAUCUCUUGGGAAGGACUAUGCUUAUACUCUACGAAGUGAGACGAGGUUCAGCAACCACAGAAUAAAUAAGGCAACUGCUGGUAUCUCCGCUACGGUUUUGGGUGAUGUUGUAACUGGUGGACUGAAGUUGGAAGAUAAAUUGAUAAUCGGGAAGCGCGGGCAGAUUGUUGUGUCUGGGGGUGGUAUUUAUGGUCGAGGGGAGGUCGCCUAUGGUGGUAGUUUGGAGGCAACCCUGAGGGACAAAGAUCAUCCAUUGGGACGAUUUUUAUCAACCUUUGGACUUUCGGUCAUGGAUUGGCAUGGAGAUGUUGCUAUCGGGUGCAAUUCCCAGACACAGAUCCCUAUUGGCCGGCAUUCAAAUUUGUUUUGUCGUUUCAAUAUCAAUAACAAGGGCUCAGGACAGUUUAGCUUCAAGGUCAACAGUACGGAGCAGCUGCAGAUAGUAUUAGUCGCCCUAGUCCCAUUGGCGAAAAAGAUAUUGGGCUAUUCUCAACAAUCACAGUACGCGUAAGGAUGAAAGCGGUUAGACGAAGAUAGCAACUCUCAUGGCUUCCACAUUGCAAGAUCAGCAGGCGACAUAGGUAGGUAGAAGAAAUCGAUACAGAAUCGAACCGGGAAGUCGCCUUUGGCUCUGGCUCAAGAAGCUGUGCUUGUUCUGAGCAGAAAGACUCCUCAUUCUUAGGUUACUUUGAAGAACUUAGCUUUUCAUUAAUGGUGUAUUGUUUUGGGAUUUGUUCUAGUUCAGAAUUUUGUAGCUGUUUCGACUAAAUGAGGAUAUGUUUUAUGUGUGAUGAGCUUGA